AUCCCUUUCCAGAGGGAGGCCGCAUGGGCCACCACUUCCUGCGCGGUCUUCUCCCUCGCCUUCGGCGGCGGCUGCUGCUGCUGCGUCCGCCCGCCCUCCGGGCCGGGCCCCGGACGCUCAGCCUGGAGCCCGCCCCGCCGUCCAAGCGAGCCCGCGGCAGCCGCAUGGCGCCACCGCGCAUCGGGACGCACAACGGCACUUUUCACUGCGAUGAGGCCCUGGCGUGCGCCCUGCUGCGCCUGCUGCCCGAGUACCGGGACGCAGAGAUCGUGCGGACCCGGGACCCCGAAAAACUGGCUGCCUGUGACAUCGUGGUAGACGUGGGUGGCGAGUACGACCCGCAGAGACACCGAUAUGACCAUCACCAGAGGUCUUUCACAGAGACCAUGAGCUCCCUGUCGCCUGGGAAGCCAUGGCAGACAAAGCUGAGCAGUGCGGGACUCGUUUAUCUGCACUUCGGGCACAAGCUGCUGGCCCAACUGCUGGGCGCUGACGAAGAGGACAGCACGGUGGACACCAUCUAUGACAAGAUGUACGAGAACUUCGUGGAGGAGGUGGAUGCGGUGGACAAUGGGAUCUCCCAGUGGGAGGAGGGAGAGCCUAGAUACGCGCUAACCACCACACUGAGUGCCCGGGUUGCUCGGCUUAACCCUACAUGGAACCAGCCCAACCAAGACACGGAGGCCGGGUUCAAGCGUGCGAUGGAUCUGGUUCGCGAGGAGUUUCUGCAGAGAGUAGACUUCUACCAGCAUAGCUGGCUGCCAGCCCGGGCCUUGGUGGAAGAGGCCCUGGCCCAGCGAUUCCAGGUGGACCCAAGUGGAGAGAUAGUAGAACUGGCAAAAGGUGGAUGCCCCUGGAAGGAUCACCUCUACCACCUGGAAUCUGGGAUGUCACCCCCGGCGACCAUCACCUUUGUUAUCUACACUGACCAGGCUGGACAGUGGCGGGUACAGUGUGUGCCCAAGGAGCCCCACUCAUUCCAGAGCCGGCUGCCCCUGCCAGAACCCUGGCGGGGACUUCGGGAUGAGGCCCUGGACCAGGUCAGUGGGAUUCCUGGCUGCAUCUUUGUCCACACCAGUGGCUUCAUUGGUGGGCACCACACCCGAGAGGGUGCCUUGAGCAUGGCCCGUGCCACCCUGGCCCAGCGCCAACGCCUCCUACAAAUCUCCUAGUCCAAUAAAAUGCUCUCUGUCUCAUACUGA